AUGCCUCCGAAAGGCGCCGGAAACCCCAAAAGACGAGCUAGAGUACGCCCCAAGGUCGCUUUGGCCUGCAAUUCGUGCAGGGAGAAGAAGAUUCGCUGCGACGGAAUAAAGCCCAUUUGUGGACCAUGCACGAGACGUUCAUACCGGAAUGAUCAGUGUGUGUAUAACACGGAGAACUCCCGUUCUACUAGUAGAGACCAAUACAUCCAUGCUCUCCAUCAGCGAAUCAAAGAGCUGGAAGAUAUAUGUGUAAAGACCGGAGAAUCCGCUCAGAAUCCCUCAACUACACAACGUGGGCUGCUCGGUGACUCCAUCGGUGAAGACGGAAUGCCUCCAGGCGAACCCAGCUUUUCUCCGACUUUACGCCAUUCACUCCUGGAAAAUACAGAGCAAAACCAGACUCCUGUCAGCUUCAGAAUUAGACUAGCACUGGAUCACACACUGCCACGCACCCAAAGUGGACCAGACGACAGCCGUACUAGAGCGAGAGAAGAAGAUUCCCCAGAAAUCUAUGAAUCGCCAUUGUUUGAUGAAGGCGAAGGCCACGUAACGGGUAUGGGCCAGAUUAUCCUGUCAGGAGCGGACAGUGAAAGUCGACCUGGAAACACCCGAUACCAGUUUUAUGGUAGUUCAUCCACAGCCUCUCUCAUGCGGUUCGCCUGGCAAACGAUGCCUUCGCGGCCAGUAGGUGGCUCGCAUUCAGAAACUACAGGAAAUAGGCUUCAGGACACAAUCACCAACUACAGGUUCGAUGAUUUUGCGUUACCCCCGCGAGCAUUCGCAGAUCACCUUGUGAAACGCUUUUUCGAAAAGAUAUACACUCUCUAUCCAUUUUUCCACCGUCCAGCUUUUGAAGUGGGAUAUCGGAAUCUCUGGCGUGCAGAAGACGACCCCAAUAUAGAAGCUCACACAGACUUGCGGGUUGGACUGGGAUCAUCCAUGGAAUCGGGAGCUAGAUCCAUUGUUUUCCAGUGUGCUCUGAAUGUGAUAUUUGCCCUCGGUUGUCGGUUUGCAGAUGUUGCACCGGAAGAAGCCGAGUCUGUCGCCAAUACGUUCUUUCUCCGUGCAAAAAUAUUUCUUGCCCUCGAUUUCUUAGAUAACAAUACCCUCGGCGUGGUCCAAACAUUACUAAUCACGGCGCUUUAUCUGCAGAGCUCGCCGUAUCCCAGCCGAUGCUGGCAUUCUGUGGGGAUCGCCUGCCGAGUUGCUGUGGGAUUGGCUUUACACAAAUCCGAUAUUCGCGCAGCAUUGACGCCUUUGGAGUCUGAAAUUCGCAGACGAACCUGGCAGGGAUGCGUGCUGAUGGAUAUCACUUUGAGUAUGACAUUCGGCAGGCCGAGCAUGACCUCACAUCUGGCCCCUUUUCCCGCACUUGAUGGGCUGAACACAAAUCAACUCCAAGAUGGGGCCAAGGAGCCCUCUUUAACGGUGUUUUAUUACGAGGCGAUCAAACUUUAUGGGAUCUUGGACAUGAUCCUAGCGGAUGUCUAUAAAGCUUGGGGUGGCCGGUCAUGCCAGGAUCAACCGCAGACCUCGACCAUUACGAAUCUCGGGACUCUUGAUACCAUCCUCAAAGUCGAACGGGAGCUCAUGGUGUUUAAAGAAAAUGUGCCUUCCUUUCUGAAGUGGAACUCUGAAGAACCUGCGAUACCUUCUUGUCAUGACUCGAACAUAGCGAUCACCCAGCAAAUAAAUGUUCUGCAUGCCAGAUACAUUCAUCUCCACCUUCUGCUAUACCGCCCGAUCUUCACCCAACUCUACUCAAAGCCAGACUCCUCUUGUGGACAAGAGAUGCAAAAUAAUCUCUACUCUACCAUGUUUGCAAAAUGCGCCAAUGCAUGCGUCAUGGCUGCCAUCGAUCUCACGCAGCUAGUACGAAAGACUUAUCAAACCACUGCGGCCGAUGCAUGGUGGUACAAUGGGUUCUAUGUUUCAACUGCGGCAAUAGUCCUUCUCAUGUCUAUCUCCACCCCAUCGAUGAUGGACCAAUCUACUAUGGACAAAGCCCGGGAGGCGUGGAAAGAUGCAACGGCUAUUCUAGAAUCUAUGGCUACAUUUUGCCGCUCUGCCACCAAUACUCUUCAAUUUCUGCAGGCUGCAUAUCAUCAGACAGUUCCUAAAGAUCCAGUUCAGGCAGGUGUAGAAGCCGAUGCCUCCGGGAUUCCCCUGGAUAUAUCACAGUCCGAUAUUCGAUAUGAACACCCAAACAACGACAUGACUGAUUUUCCAGUCUUCGAUUGGGAGGCGUUUGCAGAAAAUACGGCGCCUGGAAUGGAUGAUCUGGGUUUUUUGACACGCUUUAAUUUCAAUGAUAGUCUGUAA